AUGCCAUCCUCAACGAUUGAAUUAAUCGAGCAGAUGCUGAUUUUCCGUUUGCUAAGCAAGCAUGCGGUAAAUGCGCACAAUGAGCAGCAGACGAUAAUGCUGUCUGGCGCAAUUGGCUCCCUGGAAUUGUUUAUGCUAUGUGAUUGUAUUCUCUCGCCACAAGUCAAAAAGAUCUACUAUUUUAUCCGUGGUAGCAACGAUGAAUUGUCUGGACGACUCAUGAAUGCUUUUCGCGACUAUCUGCUUGAUGUAUCAUCUUUUAAAUCGCCCAAGGUUGAAACGCUACCAAUGCUGCUAAACGACGAACCGUGCCUGGGAUGGAACCAAGUCACCUAUGCAAAACUGAAAAGUCAAGUAACAAUCGUCCAGCAUUGUGCGUGGUGCAUGGACAUGCGACAAUCUGUCGAGCACUACGAGCGCGAAAUGAUCCGUGGUUGA